UUCGACCAUGGCACCUUUUGCUGAUAGAAAAACCGGACCUAAGUGGUUUACCCAACAACUGCCCUUGGAGAUGCAGAAGGACGAAAACACAUUUCUGAAUGUUUGGGAAUCGUUCUUGACCCCUAGGCUCCUUUUUUCUUAUCGUAACACCACUAAAAACCAAAUUGCUUUGAUAGUUUAUCAACCCAACCUUGUUUCUAGACAAUUUGGUCUAAUCCAAAUCAAACCUCAACCUAUAUUCCCCAAAAAGGGGUCCAUCAUCUUUUAUAACUCCCUUCACACUGAAGACGAAGGCAAAGAGCUGUCGAAGAAACUAGCUGAUGCUUCUCUCGACAUUCGACCAGUUAUAUUUCGACCAUCAUUCUUAUGCACUCCUGAGUUUGAUGAAUGGUGGAAGGAUUAUUAUUCCAACAAAUUUUUUGACGUAGCUGCUUUUGCUACACAUUUGACAAAUGCUUUCGCUUUUGUGCAGGAUCGGACCAAAAAAGCCGUGAAGAUCCCUGCUAAGAAAGCUGUUGUCGAAGCGUCGCCCAGUACUGCUAAGAAGCCUUCGACAAAGGUAAGUCGAAAACCCUCAACAAUCCAAAAGAAGAAGAGUGAAGAGGAGAGAAAAGAGGAUAAAGUCCCUAGUGAAGAGUCUGGUGAUGAAUCUCCAGAGUUAAUCCCUCCCCCUCAGAAGAAAAAGAAACUCACGAAGGUCUCUUCCCAAAGGUCCAUUGUUAACCCAAUCAGGAAGGAUUCUGCCAGUACUUCUCCUGCCAAGCCUCAGUCGAGAGAUAUGGGGAGUGGGAAAUCCGGUGUUAAUACUGAAAUUCCUGAGGUAAAUUUUUUUUUUUUUAUUUCGACAGCAUAUGUUUACCUUUCCUACAUCUUUUCUUCUAAAUCUUAGAAUUUAUUUUUAGGAACAAGUGGCUGUCGAAAAAACGCCUGAGAAAAUUUUGGAGGAAACAGCCCCAGAGGAAGAUGUCCCCACAAGUGACCAUGAUAUGCAAACCGUAGAAGAAUUCGACACUACAGUGGGUGACGCCUCUGAAGAUGAAUCUCCUCCUCAUCCAGGAUUGCAUGUUGCACCUCAGGGUGAUGAUAUUGAAAUGGAGGUUGUAGUCGAAGAUGAUCCUGAAGAUGGAGCUGCCAGAGAUGGGGACAACCAGUCGAAACGAACAGAGGUUGAGCGUAUUUCGACGCGAAACACUCCACCUGCUUCUGACCGGGCCCAAGGGAGUGGCAAAUCAACUGGUUCGACCAGUUUCUCUUGCGAGGAGCU